ACAACCUCGAGGGAGUGGCUAGUUACAAAACAUUUUGCCUUGGCGCGAAUUGUUAUCUUCUUAAUUCUUUCAAUUAUCAUCACAAUGUCCAGCUGGAAGUGAGGGUUCAUCACCUACUUGCAGUCUUGUCAGAAAAGUAGUUCAUACUUGUUGUAAGUGCACUAAUAUGGCGACAAGACGAACGAAACGCGCCGCUGUUGUGAAAGUACAGCAGUUGGAAAUGACUCCUGUGGACCUCGAGGGAGCAGUUCGACGAUCAAAACGAAACGGCCUGGCACCUAAAUGCCUCAUUUAUUCUCCUGAAAGCAGCGCACCCACGAAGAAAAGGAGGACAAAAAUGGACAAUGAGAAAACUAAGGAGGAGGAGGAUGUUGGAAACAGUGAUGUGGAGCCUUCGUCUGGUGGACAUGGAGGACUUUCAGCAUAUGAACUAGAGCGUCUGGAGAACAUCAGACAGAACCAAGCAUUCCUGUCCUCUAUCAACUUAUUCCGGGCAACUGAGGAGCUGAAGCAGCUGACACGACCAAAGCCCUCGCAGAGGGGUCUUAUGAGCAGGUCGCAGGCUGCUGUUAAAGAAGUGCUGCCCACUCGGAAAUCCCUUCGUCUCCAAAAUAAAGAGGCAGAGAUCUUGACACUUCCGCCUGAACCCAGAGGGACACUGAUCUAUGAACAGUCUUCACCACUCAAGAAGCCCUCUGGCCCUCUGCUCAUGGAUCCAAUUAAUUUGGAAGAGGGAAGCAAGCUGCCUUCACAACUUCUUGAGCUCUGCUCUGAGGAUUCAAAAGAAGAAAUAAACAUGGAGUUUGAUUUGAAAGGGUACCGCUCGGCCCUUAAGAACAUGAGGCUUACUGAGGACCGAGUGGCCAAAGUGGUGAAGGACCGCAUCUUCUCUGCUACCUUCCACCCCUGCACCAGCACCCUGUUGAUGGCUGCAGGAGACAAAUGGGGGAAAGUUGGACUCUGGAAGUUGGGCAGUGAUUGGGGUGAUGAUGGUGUGCUGCUUUUUGAGCCCCACACUCGUCCAGUGGGCUGCAUGGCGUUCUCCAGGGCUCAUCCCACCCACCUGCUGAGCCUCAGCUACGACGGAUCUCUGCGCUGCAUGGAUGUAGAGAAGGCUGUCUUUGAUGAUGUGUAUGACAUUGAUGAUGGCCUGAAAACAUUCGACUUCCUGUCACAUGACUGCUCGACAUUAGUGGUUGGGAACUGGUAUGGAGAAGUUGCCAUCGUCGACAGGCGCACCGCAGGGAACUCACAUGAGUCCCUCCAUUCAUUGGACCCCAAAACUCUGCGUUGUGUUAGUGCCCACCCUUUACAGAAGCAGUACUUUGCUGUGGCAGAAAGCAAGGUAGUGAGUAUUUACGACAGCAGGUGCCUGAAGAAGGCUAAAAGCCAGGCAGUUUCCCAGCUCCAUGGCCACUCUUUAAGCAUCACCAGUGCUUAUUUCUCCCCUUGUACUGGGAACAGAGUUCUCACCUCCUCUAUGGACAACAACAUAAGGAUAUAUGACACGUCUGCAAUGACGACUAAGUCUCCCUUGCUGACAUCCAUCAAACAUGACAUGCACACUGGCCGAUGGCUGACCAAACUGUCAGCAGUGUGGGACCCCAAACGAGAAGACUGUUUUGUGGUGGGGAGCAUGGCCAGACCCCGGAGGGUGCAGGUGUUCCAUGAAAACGGCCAGCCACAGCACACCUUCAUAGAUGGCGAGAACCUUAAUACAGUGCUGUCCGUCACAGCUUUCCAUCCCACAAGAAAUGCCUUACUGGGGGGCAAUGCCUCAGGGCGCCUGCACAUAUUCUCUGAUUGAGAUGAAGACCAAAAUGUGCAUAACCAAGACCCCCCUCCGUCGCCUGGUUGCCUUCAGUAGGACGGGAAGAACAAGUAAGAAAAUAGUUUGGGCACAGUUAAGUUGUAUAGCAUAUACAAUAUAAAUGGUAGGGAUGCACUGGCCUGAUACUGUAAUAAUAUCUUAAUCCGAUGCUGACUCAAAGAGAUACAAGUGACGAUGUGGUCGACUGAUUUAGUUCAGUUCUAUAUUCAUGUCUGUGCGCCUAUUUGUACUUAACAUUUACAAAGAAUUUUGUUUCUUGAUUAUUUUGAACAUUUUGUUUGGACCAAGGUACUUGUUUAUUUUACUUGCUUGGAUGAACUGCUAUCUACUCUGUCAGGUUUGUUUGCACUAGUGUGUGACCUAAUUGUGAUUUAAUUACCAAGUUGCUGCAACAUGAUUAUUAUUUCCAAAAUAAAUAUAAUUUCAGUAAAUUUACAGCUGUGUAAUUAAAUUUUGUUUUUCAAAGUUAGGAGACCAAUUUUUGUGUCAAGCCUUUCCAUAGAGCUUAUGAAAUGAACAGAUUGGUAUUGGAUCGUUGCUCUGUAUCAGCAGACACAAAUUCAGCGUCAAGAUUGGAGCUGAGUAAACCCGAGACCAGUGCAUCCCCACCAGAUGGAUAUCCCUGGUGGAAACUAGUUGUUACAGUCUUUUCUUGCUUGUUCUUCCCUCUGGAUGCUCGUAGAGCUUUAGUAUAAUAUCGUCAUUAUUCUUACACUAUAGCUAAGCAACAUGCCUGUAGUGAAAUGUCAGCUUCCCUUGUUAGGCCAUAGUCACCGACAUAAACAGUCAUCCAGUUUGAGUUAAUGCACCAUUUUUAACAAAGUAAUUUUCUUUCACAAUAUGUAUUGGAAAACAGUCCUCUAAUGCUCUGCUUAGCAGGCAUCGUUACGAGGAUACUGUACUGUGCUCCAAAUUUUGACAAACUGUUCAAACUCUGUCAUGCUGUGUUGGGACUGAGUGUGAGCUGCUGUGCUCUGCUGCAAAUUCCUGGACUCCAGGGAUGAUGCUGUGUUGUUGUGAAGCCUUUCCUGUGUAGAUUUGGCUUCAUAUUUUGUUAUGUUAUCUCACUAGAAAAUUAUUUCUAAGUCGCCUUUCACUUUAAAAUGGUGGCAUGUUUGGCUCAGGGAUUUAUCUGCAUUUUGCUGCAUUCCUUUUACCCCCUCUCUCUACAAGCUGUCAGGUUUUGCUGCAGAGAAGCAUCCCCACAACAUGAUGCUGCAACUGCCAGCCCUCAUGGUGGAGAUGGUGUGUUUCUCCUCAAGUGAGAUGCUUGGCAUUCACCCAGUGCAGCAUUUAGUAUGAUGGCCAAAGUGCUCACUUUGAGUGCUUUUGACUAUUGUAAUCUCUUGAUGCAAUUGAUCAGUUUCUUUAUACAAAACUAAAUAUUAAACCAUGUGUUUUGUGUGUAUAUACAGUUCUGUCAGUCAUUAAGAGAAAUCCUAAUUACAUUCAGUGUGGUAGCCAGGAGCUGUAGGCAGUAAAUGAUUGAAUGUAGCCGUUGAUAUGUUUGUGUUAUUUACUUUGUGAUGUACUUCUCUGUUCUCACAUUUGCAAUUUGUUACCCUCCAAACUUCUAUCUUACAGAAUCCAAGCAAUUUAUUAAGCGGCUUAGUCUACUGUUUGUUUGUGGCGCAGUAAAUUUGAGCAGCAAAACCAUUUGAGCUGUGAAAAGUGCUCGUUAUAAAAUGGAUUGUGUUCAUUUCAUGUUUUAUUUGUGGCACCUGAAGCAAAAAGAAUAAAUAUGGGCAUUUUUUACCAAACA